UUUGGAUUUUUCUUUAAUGCAAUUUGGAUGUUUUUGCAUUUCAUGCAUUUAAAUGCUUUUUGUUAUUCUUUUAAGUAAAUUCACAAAGAUGUGAUGUGAUCAGUAAUUUUACUUAACCUGUAUUAAUUUUUAGAAGUGUUAGAAGCAUUCAUUGAUAGUCAAUUUUAUUAGAAAAAAAGUCAUUAAAUGAAAUUAAGAUUCAGAUAUACAUUUAAAUAGUAAAGUUCUCAAAAUGUCUUUACUGGCAAAGUAUGAUCCAAGCAACACUAGUGCUUACAAUGCAGCUGCAAACGAAAGUUAUCUUAGCUCUGGAUGUGAGAAUUUGGAUAAAUUUCUCAAUGGCGGUUUUAUAAAAUCUGGUGUAACUCAAAUAUAUGGAGAAGCUGGUGUAGGUAAAACUCAGUUAGCACUUCAAUUAUGUCUCACAGCUCAAGCUCCAAUAGGAAGUAUUGAAAAUCCAAGAGUGAAAAGUGUAGCAGCAUACAUAUGCACCGAAGCUAGUUUUCCAGCCAAUCGUUUAAAACAAAUGAUUACAAAAUCACCUAUUGUUAAUCGGUAUCCUGUAAUAUCAGACAAGAAUAUAUUCAUAGAUCAUGUAUCAAGUACAGAAGAUUUAGAAAAUUGUAUAUUCAAUCCUUUUAGGCUUCCUCAGCUGUUAAAACGUCAUAGAGUCAAUGUACUUGUCAUAGAUUCGAUUGCUGCCACAUAUAGAACAGAAUAUGAAUCUACUUUAUUAAGAAAUAGAGCCAAAAGCUUAAGAAAAAUUGGAUAUGGCCUUCAUAAAAUAGCGAAAGAACAUCAAGUUUCAGUAGUAUGCUUGAAUCAAGUAUCAGCUGUAAUUGGUAAUACAUUUGAUAGGGUUUCUAGGAAAGAACAACCAUCGCUUGGCAUUACUUGGGCCAGCAUGGUAACCAAUUCUUUGUAUAUGUUUAAAAGAGGUAACUCUCGUUAUGUUUAUGUUGCUGGAUCAUCCUUUUUGCCACGCAAGUUUAUAGAAUUUGAAAUUUUAGAAUCGGGUGUAAGAGCCAAAUCUAGCUGAAGAGUAGAUAUUAUUUUUGUUCAUUUGAAAAGUUGGUUUUAAUUGAGUAAAUAAAUGUAAAUGUAUUUCUUUUGUAAUGACAAUGUUCUAAUAUAAUUAUUAUUUUUUUCUAAAAAUUUGUUGAGUUUUUUUUGAAACUGCAUGACACUAGAUACAUUUUUUUACUUGCUAAAAAGAAAUCCAAAUUUUAGCAUCAUCAAUGUUCUUGCAAUGAAAAUAAA